AUGAUGAUUCAUUGUUUUAGAUUUGAACUUGUUGGUGUAGGCGAUGUGUUGCUUCAUUGUGUAGUGGAUGCGAUUUUGGGAGCACUAGGGCUUCCUGAUAUAGGUCAGAUCUUCCCUGAUUCUGAUCCUAAAUGGAAAGGAGCUGCUUCAUCUGUCUUCAUCAAAGAAGCUGUGAGACUCAUGGAUGAGGCAGGUUACGAAAUUGGAAACCUAGACGCGACAUUGAUUCUACAGAGACCAAAGAUAAGUCCGCACAAGGAGACAAUCCGUACCAAUCUGUCCAAGCUACUUGGAGCUGAUCCUUCUGUUGUAAACCUCAAAGCCAAAACCCACGAGAAAGUUGAUAGCCUCGGAGAAAACAGAAGCAUUGCAGCUCACACUGUCAUUCUCCUCAUGAAGAAAUAGAAGUAAAAAAUUAGCUCUGUAUCAUAAGUCUCAUCUUGUAAGAAAAAAACAAACUUUUGAUUGUAAAUUUACACUUAAAAGAGUAUCACCCUUUAGAGGCUUAUUAAUCAUGUCCUAGAAGCAAAGAUAGUCUUUAUCAUAUUUCGAUGAUGAUGAUUCAUUGUGACUCCUAGUUGUUUUGGUCAAGUUUGAAUAAAACUGGAAACUGUGUCUUUGACUGCAA